CUGCCUCCCGGGUAAAGCCAGGCAUCGAUUUCUUCACGUGACCCUGUCGAGUUCCGAGGUUGAUGUGAUUGGCCACUCUUAAACUUGUCUCUGCUGUCGUUGCAUUUCUUCUCCGCCGCUUGGCACCUUGCAGCUUAUGAUGGUGAGUCGCAAACCCGUCCUUGCCGUUUCCCGCCAUCCAUCCAACGCCUGCGCCAUUCCAAACCAACACAACACACACUCGUCUACGCACUCUUAUUACAUUUCUAGGAUUUUCUUUACACAGACCGAGGUCGUGCGGUACUCGUACUGGAGGCAUAGUACUAUUGAGGGGUCAGAUUGCAUCGGGGUGCUUAUUGGCGCAAUCUGCUGGUCUCGUGAACACUCUCCACGGCUUGUUGUAGAUCGCGAUAUAAACCGUGAUUUGUGACGAGCCUCUACGUUUUGCGUAUCCUGUAGUGUCGCUCGAUAUCUCCAAAUGCCUACCAUGGCCGACGAACCUAGGCGAUCAGGUCGCGCCACCAAAGGACAAUACACCAAAGAUCGCGACAUCGAAGAGGGCUCUACCAAGAAGAAGGGCAAAGGGAAAGGCUCCAAGGCGAAGGCAGCCGAGGAAGAGCAAGAUGAAGAAGGCGAUGAAAUCAUCCGAUGUGUUUGCGGACAAUACGAAGAAGAGGAAGAUGUCCCUCGAGCUAUGAUCUGCUGCGACAAAUGCUCUGCAUGGCAACACAAUGGCUGCAUGGGUUUGCCAGAAGACUAUGAAGUCGACACAUACUUUUGUGAACAAUGCAGACCUGAAGACCACAAAGACCUACUCGCCGCCAUAGCGCGAGGGGAGAGACCGUGGGAAGCAGCACUCGAGAGAAGACAGGCAGAGGCGAGAGGCAAGAAGAAAGGCAAGAAAGGCAGAAAGUCUGGAGGUGCUCGUACGAGCGAGGUCCCUGCAAGUUCGUCUCAAGAAGCGACCGAAGCGACCCCUCAACCUGCCACUACUGGUCAGAAGCGCAAACUUGAGGAAUCACCAAAUGUACCAGAGUUGAAGAACAAGAAAGUUCGCGGUACCCCUCCUGCCGAUACGGACGGCGGAGAGACUACAACACCAGCUCGCAAGAUCAGUGAGACUCCCUCGAGAGUCGUGUCGAAGUCAGAAUGGCCUGUUGUAUCGGAUGUGAAAGAUUUGGCAAACACUGCACGAAGAAGCAGUGCAUCAACUCUCAUCAAGCUUAUAGAGCAACAAAUCAAAGAGACUGUAAAGCGAGGUGAAUACGCCGUUGCCGCUGGAUCAAGCGCUCCAGAGACUGCAGCCCAACUCGCCCUACGGCUCGAGAGCGCCCUGUAUCAUAUCCACUCCGGUGGUAAUGGCGACCCUACCGAAGCCUACAAGAACCAACUUCGAUCGAUCCCCUUCAACAUAAAGAAGAAUCAUGCUUUGGCAGCACGCCUCCUAAACGGAGAGCUCACUCCUGAGGAGCUUGCGGCAAUGGAUCCGAAAGACAUGGCAAGUGAUGAACAAAAGAGAAAGGAUGCAGCUACCAUAAAGGAAUUGGAGAAACAACAUACGAUUGUGGAGGAUGAUGGACCUCGAAUUAGACGGACACACAAGGGUGAAGAAUACGUUGAUGAGUCGAGACAAGUUGCCAUGGAGUCUCAGACGUCUCACAUUCCUGUACGCAAACCCAGCGGUAUCGAGCCCACAGAUGGAGAUAUCACAAGCCCUGGCUUGAAAAGUCCUUCUGAGACACCUGCAGCUGCUCCACGCGCGAGGCCAUCCGUGAAUACCACCAAACGACAAUCGUCGGCCAAUUUCGAUAUUGACAAGGUGUGGUCAAACGUUCAAGGCUCUCCUGACGGUGAACAACGAUUCGGCGAACUUCCUCGACAAUCAAGCGGCGUGGCUGCUCGCGAGCCUCAGGGACCAGGCGCCAAGGCGGAUGCAGACAUUGACGAGCUCCUCAAAGAUGAAGACGCCGAGUCACCGCCAUACUCGCCCAAAGAGGUUGCCGAAGCUGAUGGUGUCGUAUGGAGAGGCACGGUCAAUGGAGGCAACCUCGGUCGCUUCCACGCCACAGCAAAGUUUGCAGCGGGAGCAACGCCUGAAAGUGACACUUUGCGUAUGACUUAUGAUCAAGUCAUUCCCCCGGAAAUCGCCAUUGGUGGUCGCAUUGCGCCCGCCAAAGCCGACGAGUAUCUCUGUGGUCUGGAAUACAGCAACACUUCUGAUCUUGUCAUUGUAUGUAUGCCUGAGCCACAGAACUCCCACGACCAGGAGCAGUUCGACAAGCUGUUCAAAUACUUCAAGGGCAAAGAUCGGUUCGGUGUCGGCAUACAACACCAGAAUCCAGCCAUCAAAGAUAUCUAUCUCAUUCCCCUGGAUGCGGGUCAGGAGCUACCAACAUUUGUCAGGAAGAUUGAGACCGAGUUUCCAGACCCAACCCGAGAGCGCAUGAUGCUCGUGCCCAUUGUCAUCAAGAACAGUGAACUUCCUCACAAUCUUGCAACGGCGAUGCUUGACGGUAAUGGUAACCCGGCUUAUGCAAGUCCGUCACGGGGCGGGCCUGUUGCACAGACCCCUAUAACGCCUCAUGAUGGCGCUUUCGAUAUGCCACCCCAACAGGCCGCCGCUUACGGUCAAUCUCCUGCGCCUGGUCAAUAUGGCGUCAACGGUGCGCCGGGAAUGGUUCCAGGCCAGGCUUUCCCACCACAGCAUUAUCCGGUGUCGACGCCUACAACACAACACUCUGCGCAACAACAAGCAGCUCCUCCGCAGACGGAGUCCUUAGUUAAUGCCCAGAAGAUUCUAGGCCCGCUGGCUUCGAGUCCUGCUGUGGUCGAGCUGUGCGGUCAGGUGCCGACCGCGGGAGAGUUCGAGUUCAGGAUCAUCAAGGAGUGUUUGGAGAAGAAUCCUGAGGCGGGCAAUGAUCUGGGCUUGUUGACGGCUAUGUUGCAGCAGAGUCAUGCUGCUUCAGCUUCUGGUCCGAAAUAGACCACCGGCUACACGGCAGAAUAAAAGGGCUGAAGACUUGGAUAAGUCUGUCUGGCGGAGACCUUGUUAUGGAUGGUUGGCUGUUUCGCAGUGCCUCAGAUGCAAUGAUACCAGGUUGUGGGCGUGAAGGAGGCAUGAGCGUUAGUUUUACGCGAGUGUGUAGUCACAUCAGCGUAGUGCUGUGUAGGGACGUACCGUCUGCACGGGAGAAGACUUCGCAAUAGCACUGGGGCUUGCAAGGGCCAUCAGUAGCUACCUUAGUAUUGUUCGAGUAUACCAUCUCGACAUUCAACGUGUUAGUCUUCUGCAAAGACAGGCUAUUGAGGGGUUCUAGUCGUCUGCUAUUGAGGGCGUAUAGUCAAAGGGUGUCUUGCUGUGCUUACUUCAAAUGUUCAAUACGGGGAAUUCAGUUAUUAGUUCAGGAAACAAUUAGGUAGUGUUCAAUGAC